UGAUGGAUGGGAGGCUUCAUAAUGCGAGCGUUAAUGGGGAUAUUGCAGCCUUGGCGGAACUGAUGAAUGAAGAAGAAGGACGAGACCUUCUGGGCCAAGUGACUCCGGGCCUCUCCAACACCUGCCUCCACAUCUGCGCCACUUAUGGCCAUACCCACUUCGCCGCUAAGGUGCUCUGCCUUCGUCCGGAUUUGGCGUCGGCCAGAAACAGGAUGGCAAAGACGCCUCUUCACAUCGCUUGCCGGGAAGGCAAGGCCGAGACCGCGCGGCUUCUACUGGAGUCAAACCCUUCCAUUGCCUGCUCCGCUCUCGAUGCCGCCGGCGAUGAGAAGGGCGCCAACGCCAUGAUUCUGGCGGCGCGCCACGGUCACGUAAAGGUGGUGAAGCUGCUCUUGUCUGAUCGUUGGCUACCCCUCUUCAGGGUGGAGGGCUCCUUGGUUCCUUCACUGCUUGAGGCUACCUCCAGAGGCCAUUCAGAUGUUGUUCGAGAGAUAUUAGUGGUAGAACCUAGUGCUCUGAUGGAAGGGGACGAGCAAGGGUCUACUGCUCUGCAUCUAGCUGCAAGCUAUGGUCAUGUGCAGCUCGCAAAAGAACUCCUGAAGAUUAGCUAUAAUGCCUGUUUGCUGCGGGACAAAGAAGGAAGGACUCCACUGCAUUUGGCAGCAAUGUGGGGACAAGUGGAGAUUAUGCAGGAAAUUCUUUCUGUUAAACCGAAUUGCGUCUCCGCUUUCACACGCUACGGAGAGAGCGUUCUUCAUUUAUGUGUGAUGAAGAGGCAGUUUGAGGCCUUCCAGUUCUUGGUUCAGAAUUGCGACAUGGAUGCACUGAUCAACUCGGUUGAUGCGAUGGGCAACACGGUUCUGCAUCUUGCAGCCUAUAAAAAAUGGCCUGAAAUGGUAUCGUACAUGAUCAACAAUACAAGCAUAGAGGUGAAUGCUCUCAAUAAGAAGGGAUUGACAGCUCUGGACAUUAUGGAGUUUGAAAAGACCAAUCACAGCUUGCAAAUGAUCUCCUCCUUGAGAAACGCAGGAGCCCGAAGUGCAACGCACCCGGACUUAGCUCCAAAGAAUCAACCAGACGUUGUUGUACAAAUGAACCCUGCAUCGCCCCUCCAAGAGUACCACCAGAUCCACCGAGAGCGCCUGCAGAAUGCUCAGAACACAAUCACUGUUGUUGCCGUUCUGAUUGCCACGGUGACAUUUUCAGCCGGGCUUGCGCCGCCCGGCGGGAUGCAUCAGGACGGCGACUCGGCGGGAAGGCCGAUAAUGGGCGACACGAGGCUCUUCAAGGUGUUCAAGGUGAGCAAUGACAUGGCGCUCUUCACAUCGCUGGGCAUCGUCAUAGUGCUGGUCAGCGUCAUCCCCAUCAGGCAGCGAGCCCUGACCUGGCUUCUGGCUGUGACUGGUAGGGUGAUGUGGGUCUCUGUGUCGUUCAUGGUGGUGGCUUACACGACCGGAGCAAACUGCGCUUAUAUAAAAAAUUCAACAAGUACCGUACGUCUUCCCCAGCAGACCUGCUUUUUACCGUCAACGAUUCGAAGAUCGAAACAAAAAAUGAAGAAAAUCGAUGGCGGCAUGGCACAUCUCAAUUCUUGGAGUCUUGCAGGAAACAAGAAGAAAAAUCUGCACCCGUGUGUGUGUGCAGGACUAAUGGAUGCGAAGCUUCAGAAUGCGAGCAUUAAUGGGGACGUUGCAGGUUUGGCGGAGCUGAUGAAGGAUGAAGAAGGGCGAGCCCUUCUAGGUCAAGUGGCUCCUGGCCUCUCCAACACCUGCCUCCACAUCUGCGCCAGUUACGGCCACACCCACUUCGCCGCUGAGGUGCUCCGCCUUCGUCCGGAUUUGGCGUCGGCCAGAAACAGGAUGACAGAGACGCCGCUGCACAUCGCUUGUCGGGAAGGCAACGCCGAGACCGCUUGGCUUCUCCUGGAGUCCAACCCUUCUCUUGCCUGCUGCGCUCUUGUUGCCGGCGGCGAUGAGAAAGGCGCCGAUGCCAUGACGCUGGCGGCGCGGCACGGCCACGUAGAGGUGGUGAAGCUGCUCUUGUCUGAUCGUUGGCUACCCCUCUUCAGGGUGGAGGGCUCCCUGGUUCCUUCAGCUUUAGAGGCAGCCUCUCGAGGCCAUUCAGAUGUUGUUCGAGAGAUAUUAAUGGUGGAACCUCGUGCUCGGAUAGAAGGGGACGAGCAAGGGUCUACUGCUCUGCAUCUUGCUGCAAGCAAUGGUCAUGUGCAGCUCGCAAAAGAACUCCUGAAGAUUAGCUAUAAUGCCUGUUUGCUGCGGGAUAAAGAAGGAAGGACUCCAUUGCAUUUGGCAGCGACGAGGGGAUCUGUGGAGAUUAUGCAUGAAAUUCUUUCUGUUCAACCGAACUGCGUCUCGGCUUUGACUCGGGACAGAGAAAGCGUUCUUCAUAUAUGUGUGACGAAUAGGCAGUUGGAGGCCUUCCAGUUCUUGGUUGAGAAUCACACCGUGGCAACGCUCAUCAACUCGGAAGAUCAGAUGGGCAACACGGUUCUGCAUCUUGCAGCCUAUGAAAAAUGGCCUGAAAUGGUAUCGUACAUAAUCAACAACACGAGAAUCAAGGUGAAUGCGCUCAACAAGGACGGAUUGACAGCUCUGGACAUUGUGGAGUAUGAAAUGGGCAAUCACAGUCUCAGGUCGCAAGUGAUUUCGACAUUGAGAACUGCAGGAACUCGAAGAAGCACAAAGGUUAAAGUGGAGACCUCCUCGUGGGAGUCACACCUGGAUGUAGCUCCAAACAAUCUAGCAAACAAUGCUGCGGAAGGGGAUAACUCCAUCCCCCAAUCUCAGCUCGGCAAUGGCCACGGAAAGUACCACCAGAUCCACCGGGAGCGCCUACAGAAUGCUCAGAACACGAUCACUGUUGUUGCCGUUCUGAUUGCCACGGUGACAUUUUCGGCCGGGCUUGCGCCGCCCGGCGGGAUGUACCAGGAGGGCGACUUGGCGGGAAGGCCGAUAAUGGGCGACACGAGGCUCUUCAAGGUGUUCAUGGUGAGCAACGACAUGGCGCUCUUCACAUCACUGGGCAUUGUCAUAGUGCUGGUGAGCGUCAUCCCCAUCAGGCAGCGAGCCCUGACCUGGCUUCUGGCUGUGACUGACAAGGUGAUGUGGGUCUCUGUGUCGUUCAUGGUGGUGGCCUACACGACUGGCUCAUGGAUUACUUGGUCUACUAAGAAGGGCAACAGGCUGACUUUGGAGGCUCUCUACGGGCUGUGUCUGGGCUUGCUGGGUGCACUUUUCCUUGCUCUUCUGGUGAUGAUGAUCAGGGAACGAGUCGGCAAACUGGAGGGAGAUAGUUCACAAAUAGAAUCGCCUGAGAAGCCUACAGAAGCAGUUCACUAUAAUGAUUCUACCAUGAAAAGGGGAUAUGUUGUGCACUUAGAUCCCUCUCUGCACCUGUGUGUGUGUGCAGAACUAAUGGACGAGAGGCUUCAGAAUGCGAGCAUUAAUGGGAACGUUGCAGGCUUGGCGGAGCUGAUGAAGGAAGAAGAAGGGCGAGCACUUCUGGGCCAAGUGACUCCUGGCCUCUGCAAUACCUGCCUUCACAUCUGCGCCAGUUAUGGCCACACCCACUUCGCCGCCGAAGUACUCCGCCUUCGGCCCAAGUUGGCGUCGGUCAGAAACAAGCAGACAGAGACGCCUCUUCACAUCGCCUGCCGGGAAGGCAAGGCCCAGACCGCGCGGCUUCUACUGGAGUCAAACCCUUCCCUUGCCUGCUCCGCUCUCGUUGCCGCCGGCGAUGAGAAGGGCGCCAACGCCAUGAUGCUGGCGGCGCGCCACGGUCACGUAGAGGUGUUGAAGCUGCUCUUGUCUGAUCGUUGGUUGCCCCUCUUCAGGGUGGAGGGCUCCCUGGUUCCUUCACUGCUUGAGGCUGCCUCCAGAGGCCAUUCAGAUAUUGUUCGAGAGAUAUUAAUGGUAGAACCUCGUGCUCGGAUAGAAGGGGACGAGCAAGGGUCUACUGCUCUGCAUCUGGCUGCAAGCAAUGGUCAUGUGCAUCUCGCAAAAGAACUCCUGAAGAUUAGCUACAAUCACAAUGCCUUUAAACCGAAUUGCGCCUCUGCUUUCACACACGACAGAGAGAGCGUUCUUCAUUUAUGUGUGAUGAACAGGCAGUUUGAGGCAUUUAAGUUCUUGGUUGAGAAAUUCAGCAUGGCAACUCUCAUCAACUCAGGAGAUCAAAUGGGCAACACGGUUCUGCAUCUUGCAGCCUAUGAAAAAUGGCAUGAAAUGGUAUCGUACAUAAUCAACAACACGACAAUCAAGGUGAAUGCGCUCAACAAGGACGGAUUGACAGCUCUGGACAUUGUGGAGUAUGAAAAGGGCAAUCACAGCCCCAGGUCGCAGGUGAUUUCGACGUUGACAAGUGCAGGAGCUCGAAGAAGCACAAAGGUUAAAGUGGAGACCUCCUCGUUGGAGUCACACCUGGAUGUAGCUCCAAACAAUCUAGCAAAUAAUGCUGCGGAAGGGGAGAACUCCACCCCCCAAUCUGAGCACGGCAAUGGCCACGGAAAGUACCACCAGAUCCACCGAGAGCGCCUGCAGAAUGCUCAGAACACGAUCACUGUUGUUGCCGUUCUGAUUGCCACGGUGACAUUUUCGGCCGGGCUUGCGCCGCCCGGCGGCAUGUAUCAGGACGGCGACUCGGCGGGAAGGCCGAUAAUGGGCGACACGAGGCUCUUCAAGGUGUUCAUGGUGAGCAACGACAUGGCGCUCUUCACAUCACUGAGCAUUGUCAUAGUGCUGGUCAGCGUCAUCCCCAUAAGGCACAAAGCCCUAACCAGGCUGCUGGCUGUGACUGAUAAGGCCAUGUGGGUUGCUGUGUCGUUCAUGGUGGUGGCCUACACAACUGGCUCAUGGAUUACUUGGUCUACUAAGAAAGGCAACAGGCUGACUUUGGAGGUCGUCUAUGGGCUCUGUGUGGGCAUGCUGGGUGCAGUUUUCAUUGCUCUUCUGGUCAUGAUGAUCAGGAAACUGGUCAGCAAACUGGAGGGUCGAGAUGGGUCACAAACAGAAUCGCCUGACAAGCCUACAGAAGCAGGUCGCUAUGGUGUUUCUACCAUGAAAUGGGGAUAUGUUAUACACUAACAAGGAGUUUGAACAUCACAUCGAAUAUCAUGUAAACGUUUGGAGGGAAAUGAUAUCUACCAUUUGAUGGUUAUAUAUAAGAACAACAUCUGCAAUCAUAUCAUGUUUUGCAGAUAGUGUUCACAAAUGGCGUGCUUCAAGAAAAUGUGUUUAAGAUAUUGCAA